AUGGAGCUGCCACCCAGAUGCUUUCUGAACGACCUAAUCCCUCCUGGCCCUCCCGAUCCCGAUCCCCUCCCUCCGGAAGUUGGAAUGGCUCGGAUCCCCGGAUCGGAGAACCCGGGCACAGUCGGUGUCACCUUCAACCAUAAGAGCAGCAGUAUUAAAGAACGCAGACCCUCUGUGAACAAUGGUACCUCAAACAGCGCCGUCCUACAGCAUAACGCCUACUAUUCCUCGCCGGACCAGCAACUGCGACAAUCACCGCCCUCCGUGAAAUGGCGAUCACCCCCACCUGGAUCAAACACGAUGGACCGGCGCGACUCUCGAAAUUGGUCUGCCUCUAAGACUCCCGGCCAACCCCAAGUUCUCUUCUCCACUGGCACCGAGCCGACUGGCGGCAUUGUCGCUAACCCCCUGCUCACGCCAGGCUCCAGUCUUACCCGUCCGCCGCCAAAGCGAGAAUUGAUUUCUCGAACGAGUUUUCGAGAUCAGGAACAACUGAGUGGGAAGUGCUGUGCCAUCAUGUAA